UACCAUUUUGUUUCUGAAAAGAGUAAUACAAUCCUUCCCUUUUCUCUCUUAUCAUCCGUCUUCUUUCCUCUUUCAUCCUUGUCCUUUCUUAUUUCACAUCACGAGAAAGUUUAUGUUAAGUCAUUUGAUCACUACACUAACAAUACCACCCUCUUCACUUUUUUGUUUUUGAUUUAGGCCUUCUCCCUUCAACCCCUAAAAGCUUAUAGUUGUUCUUCUUCGUUAUCUCUGAAACCCUAGGUAAACCCCUCUUUGUUCUUCUUCGUUUUCUCUCUGAGAGCAAAAACACGGUAAAAAGGCGAGGAAAUUGAGAGCAAAAAUUCGUAAAAAGGAAUGGAGACUUAAAGCAAAAACGUCGAAACCUAAAGAAAUGCUAUUGUUAAUGUAGCGGAGGAUAUGAAAUAUGGCGCCGAUUCUAAAGAGGGUUUAGAUAAUUACGAUUCCUUUGAAGAUUUAUCUAUUGAAGGCUUUUCACUUGAGCCUGUAUUCAGUGUUCAUGAAAGUGAUUCAACAGACAGUUCUGAUAUUGAUGGUCCAGAGAUCUUGGAGGGUGAUGCUGCUGCAAGGGAAAGCGAUAGUGAUUCAGAGGAACGCAUGGCGAUGAUAUUUCACUCGAGCCCGUAUUCAGUGAUUGUGAAAGUGAUUCGAUGGAAGAGGGUUCUGAUAGUGAUGGAUACCUCCCAGAGAACUUGGAGGAGGGUGCAUAUGAUGCUGCAAGUGAAAGUGACAGCGACGGUGAUUCAGAUGAGGGAAUUGAAACGGAUUUGCAGAAGACAAACAAGGAACUUCGUUUGCAACUUGCCGUGCAAAAGAUGAAAUUGGAUCGUCUAUUGGAAAAGGAUCCAGAAUUUGCAGAAUACUUGGAAGCUCAUGCUGAUAAACUUGAUCAAGACAGUUAUUGUCAUGAUCCAGAACUUUCAGAACUCUCGGAAGCUCAUGCUGAUGAACUUGAGCAAGACAGUGAUUAUGGUGAUUUUGAUGAAGAUGCUGGAACUAGUGAUCAGGACAAGGUGGAAGCUGACUCCAGCAAUGGCAAGGCUUUGACCACUUCGAUAAUAAAUUCUUGGUGUCAAAUGGUUUUGGAGGGAAAGAGCUUGUCUGUUCUUCCUAAUCUCUUGAAUGCAUACCGGGGUGCCUGUCAAUAUGAUCCUGAUGAUGCAAACUCACGGAGAAUUCAGAGUAGCAAGGUGUUUUGUAAGAUAGUGAACUUUACCCUUCGCGAAGCCGAUAACAUAUUUCGAUCACAUUUAGGAAUCUCGCUCUCUGACUGUAAUCAACAUACUGUUUUGGAGUUGCAAAAUUCUCAAAAAUGGAAAGAUAUAAAGCCUCUGAUUCGGUCUUAUCUUAGUAGUACAAUUAAAUUUCUCGACCAAGUUACUGACUCUGAGAUAGUUGCAUUUUCUCUAACCCGAUUGAGAGCCUCAGCCAUGUUCUUUGCUGCAUUUCCGUCACUACUACAGAAACUCAUCAAGGUGACAGUUUAUUUCUUGGCGACUGGGGAAGGAAAAGUUCCAUCAGCGUCAUUUCUUAUCAUAAGCGAUACUGCCCCUCAGUUAAGUUUAAACUGCCGCCAGUCUUGUUUGAUAAAAGCGUACAAGGCCUUUAUUGCAAAUAACAAGUUGGGGCUCACUUAUUCGUUACACAUAAAAUCUCGUGUCGACUCCCUUGUCAAGCUUUAUUCUCUAGAUGUUUCGAGAUCAUAUAGCAAGGCAUUGGUGUCUAUCCAGCAAUUAGCCGAAAUAGCAAAGCAGGGCCUUCAGACAAAGAAAAAGGAAGCAAAGCAGAAGAUAUGUAGCUGGCAAUACAUCAAUUGUGUGGAUUUGUGGGUUAAGUUUGUCUGCGCAAAUGUUGGAGAUGACAACGUUCGGAAGUUGGUGUUCUUAAUUGUUCAAAUUAUUAAUGCAGUGGCAGAGCUUUUUCCUGAGCCACAACACUUGCCUCUGAGAGUAAAAUGUGUUCAAAUGCUCAAUGAGCUUUCAAGUUUUUCUAGGCAAUUCAUCCCCGUGAUACACUUGGUGCUUGGCUGUAUGGAGUACAUUGGAACUGGCAAGCCAGAUCCAAAAUCUGCAAAACCCUUUCACGUGUCAUAUGCACUAAAGGUCCGAAAGCAGUGGGUGAAUUCACGUCUCUUCCAGGAAGAGUGUGUUUUAUCUGUAAUUGAGCUGCUUUCAGCUCACUUUGCUCAGUGGAGCUACCAGACAGCAUUUCCAGGGCUGGCACAUAUUGCCCUAUUUCGUCUUAGAAAGUUCCAUGAGAAAAUUACUGUUGAAAGUCUGCGAUCUCGCGUAGAAUGUCUAAUGAAAAUGGUUGAGCAGAAUGUUGAGUUUGUGGAUAAGAAAAGAAAAAAAGUUGCCUUUCCAUUCAAGGAUGAGGAAUCUGCUGCCUCGUUUAAUCCGGAGAAAAGCAGCAAAGAAAAAAUCAAAGGAAAAGGUUUUAACUGAUUUUGGUACUCCACCAGCAGCUCUUUCAACACAAGGGAGCGGUAGAUUUGAUAUGGUUAUAGGAUUUGUUUUGGACAAUGCUGUAGUCAUGACAGGGGAUCCUGAUCGCAUACUAAAAGAGGGAAACAUCAUUUUAGGAGUGGCAGGGUCGCAUCUUCAUCUAGUGGACCAGUUGUUAGUAAAGUUACAAGAAGAUCUUGAUGGUGGGUGUAAUGUAUCAGAGGAGUAUGCGACAAUUGUUUUAUCACACAUUAGGUCCUUGGAGAUCACCCGAGAUACCCAUUUAUGGGUUCUUGUAGGUGGCUGCGAGACCAAAAGUUCCUCACCUCAGCUAUGGUAUGUUAAUAAGGGCGGAAUUAGUCGGGAAAAUGUAAUGUGUAUUGGAGAGGGAGGAACACCAUAUGCCGAUCUAGUUGUGAAGAAUGAGAAAUUGUUUGAUCCGAGUAUGGAAAUUAAGGAGGCGUACGAACUCGCACGACAGGGUUUUAUUAAAGCGCAAAUAGGUCUUGGUUCCAAUGGCGCCCAAACUAUCAGAUGUGGAUGUGUGCUUGCUACAGCGAAAGCGGAUUUACAUGUUUAACUUUAGACCUACUAAGCGAGUUUGAAGUUUCUACGUUAAUGGUGGUGUGGAUGAACAGAAUAACAACUCUGAUUUGUGUUGGUUUCUAUUUACCAAAUUUUGUGGUUAAUUAAAGAAAUUCCACGGUGUAUUUCAGUCUGUUAUUUUUAAUUAAUGACCUCAUUUUAGACUG